AUGAAUUGCUGGAAUAAUUUACAAAUAAGUGGGUGGGCUUACCCCACUUUGGUCCUCUGUGUAUAUGGAUUUUUUACUAUGAUGAGACCAGGAGAACCCUUCCUUACACCAUAUCUAAUUGGACCAUCGAAAAACCUGACAAUUCAACAGGUUUCCAGACAAGUAUACCCAGUAUGGACCUACACCAACUUCCUGCUGUUGAUCCCCAUUUUCUUGAUGACAGACUACCUAAGAUACAAGCCUGUUAUUGUUUUACAAGGACUGGGGUAUGUGGUGUGCUGGCUUUUGCUUUUAUUUGGACCAGGAGUUGAAGCCGCCCAGUUUGCAGUGUUCAGCUAUGGCAUUGCAACAGCAUCGGAAGUGGGAUAUUUCUCCUACAUAUACAGUGUUGUCAGCUUGGAGCAUUACCAGAAAGUAACCAGUUACUGCAGAAGCACAACACUAGUGGGUUAUGCUGUGGGAUCAGUUUUAGGUCAGCUGCUCGUUUCCUUAGGAAAUGUGUCCUUCUAUUGUCUGAACGUCAUCACUGUAAUUUCACUUGCUAUAGCAUUCUUUAUCUCUUUUCUGCUGCCUAUGCCUCAGCGAAGUUUACUUUUUCAUGAAAACCAUCUUGCAACCAACCAUAGCAUCGAUAUUGUGCCAGCUGUCCCCUUAGACUCUGGGAAUGUUUCAUCCAGCUGUAUAAUCUCUGAUGAAAGGAAGAGAGAUAGAAGCAGCUUUUUGAAUGGAAUUUAUCAGCUAUGGGUGGAUUGUAAAGAAUGCUAUUCAUCAACAAAGCUCAUUCCCUUCUCCUUAUGGUGGGCUAUGGGAACAUGUGGUUAUUUUCAAGUUAUAAGUUAUGUGCAAGUUCUCUGGUCCCUCAAACAGCCAUCAAAGAAUUUUACCAUUUACAAUGGUGGUGUUGAUGCAUUUGCUACAUUUUCAGGUGCUGCAGCCUCCCUUGCAGUUGGUCAUAUAAGUUUUAGUUGGUCCAUUUGGGGAGAGCUCAUGUUGGGCUUAUUUUCAGCUGUGAGUGCCGGUGCGGUUUACCUGAUGGAUCUUACUGCAGACAUCUGGGUUUGCUAUACUUGUUAUGUGGUGUUUAAAUCAUCAUACAUGCAGCUAAUAACAAUUUGCACUUUUCAGAUUGCAAAGACUCUCAGUAAGGAACGUUAUGCCUUAAUGUUUGGGAUCAACACCUUUGUAGCAGUGACCCUCCAAUCCAUACUCACUGCAAUUGUGAUCAAUACAAAAAGCCUCCAUUUAACCAUCACUUCUCAGUAUUUCGUCUAUGGCACAUAUUUUGCAGCUGUUGCUUUGGUUUUCCUUACCAGAGGAAUCUACUCUGUGUUUUAUGUGAAAUGCAGGAUGGCAGAAGAAAAUAUCACUGGUGAUACAAUUAGUCAAAGAAAUACCACUAUACCUGGAUAG